UAAAUAUCAGAGAGCCUGCUGUCGUCUGCUGCAAUCGGUGCUUCUAUGCUCGACUAUGUGAUUUUGGCAGAUAUAGGUUAUUUAUUUAAAUAUUUUAAUUCAAUUACUACUUUUAUCUCCACAAAGUAAAAAUUCUCAAAUCAAAAUUCGGGUUUCGUGUUUUGGAUUUCGAAUUAUAUUUACAAGAAUAUGCUAAAGACUCUUAUUCCUGUCUUUUACCGAACGUUCGCGCUUCUCUCGGUGAUCAGCAUUUGCCAGGUGAUCGGCAGCAAAAAUUCUAAAGCUAAGUUAAACAAGGACGAUUUGCAUUCCAUUCAGCUCCCACCAUGUGCUGCUUGCAAAGUGCUUAUCGAGAGUUUCAAGAAGGGGAUGGAAACCACGAGUCGUGGAAAGUUCGAAGGAGGCGACAGUGCUUGGGAAGAAGAUAAAUUAGGUUCUUACGCUCGCAGUGAAGUGCGUUUAAUAGAAAUUCAAGAACAAAUCUGCAAGGAUGUAGAACGUGGUAAAAGACAAUGUCAAUCUCUAGCUGAGGAGCUUGAAAGCGUUUUCGAAACCUGGUGGUUCAAGAAACAAGCCAGUCACCCAGAUCUAUACACCUACGUUUGUAUUGAGGAAGUAAAAAAUUGUUGUCCUAAAGACCACUUUGGUCAAGACUGCGAAAAAUGUCCAGGUUUUCCGGACAAAGUUUGUAAUAAUAAUGGAAAAUGUAAGGGUUCAGGUACUAGAAAAGGAAGUGGCCUAUGUUCCUGUGAUAAGGGAUAUACUGGUAUAGAAUGUUCCGAGUGUGAUACGGGAUAUUACCAAUCAUAUAAAGAUGACAACAAGUUGCUAUGCUCCAUCUGCCACUCCGCUUGUGGUAAUUCAUGCACUGGUCCUGGCCCUAGGAAUUGCAUUAAUUGUUCAAAAGGAUGGCAAUUGGUGGAUGGCAAAGGCUGUUUUGAUAUAGAUGAAUGUCUUCUGAGCAAUAAGCGAUGCAAGAAUAAUCAAUUCUGCGUUAACGAAGAAGGCAGUUAUAAAUGUUUAGAAUGUGACAAGUCUUGUAAUGGAUGCAAUGGCGAUGGACCAGAUAUGUGUAUGAAAUGUGCAGACGGCCAUCAUUUGAAGGAUAACUUUUGUAUAAAUUCGGAUAUACAUGGGAGAAAAAAAGCAGAGAACCUUUCUCGAUAUAUAACGUACUUCGGCCUCGUCGUGGCUACCUGCAUUAUUUUGCAGCGGAAUGUGUACGCAGCGAGUUACGUUGGGUUACUCGUAGGCUUAUACAUCUCAGUUUCUGAGUACAUGAUAGCUAAGACUGGCAUUCAGGACUCGAGUACAAAUCUCGAUAUUUUAGGUCCACUUACGUAAUUGUUAGCUUUUAAGUACGGAAAAUAAAUAUCAUCUCAGAAAGAUUAAAGUAAUUUUUAAAUUAAUAUAUAUUUGCGUAAAGCUGAAAUAAUUAUAGGAAAGAAUCCCUGAUUUACAAUAGCAAAUCUUUGGAAUUUACUUCGAUUCUUCUGAGGCUGAACCUUUUUACAAUCUCAAGUUGAGAUAAUUAGUUUUGAUGAAAAUGAAUUUGGUCUAGCAUUGAUUAAUUUUGGUUAAUUAUUAAUCAGCUAAUGUUGGCCAAUUACAUUUGUAUUUCUAUGUAUACAUCUUUUCUGUAAAUCUAUUCAAUCAUGUAUAUAGGUUGUCUGAAAUUGUAAGAGAUGUCAUUCCAAAAAGGGUGCGUGGCAGUUAUCUGUUUGUGAGAUUUGUGGUAGUUUAUAUAAUUUAAUUAAGGUAAAGCAAUGUUUUCUAAUAUGCUUUGUUUUUGAGAAAGUAAAGUAGAUUUUUGAAAGUGAAUUUCAAUCUUGGAAACCAGCAUUUUUGUGAGUGUAUAUAUAUAUAUAUACACACAAAUUUGUUUGGUACCCGGUAUUUUUUUGAAUUCAAUUUAGAAUCUAUUUGUGAACUUUAAAGACUGGAAGGGUUUUUUAUUCGCAUUAUGUUUCUCUUGACUGUAGUAAAUAUUCUAAAGCAUUACAAUUGCACUGAACUUGCGUAAAGACUUAGUACAAAAUUGCUCGUUCCUAAAUUAAAUCCAUAAAAAUUUUACUUUUUUCUAAGUUUGCGUCUAGUCAUCCAGAAAGUAGUCGGAGAAUUGAAAGAGGGGAUGGACUAGUGUCCCGAAAAUUCGGGACGACUGUAGAGACAAGAUUAUGAAAGAUAUUUAACUAGUCGUCCCGAAUUUCGGAAUGACGAGACAUUUUAUUUUUCUAGAUAUACCAAUGGUUGUGACUCUUUAAUUUCAUCCGAGUAGAAAAUUUUCAAUCUUGAUGUGUAAAGGGAAUUUUCACUGCUUUCUAUUUUUAAAAAAUUAUGCUGAUUGUUCAAGAUGACAAGGAUGUAAUAUGUAAUCAAACCUUAACCUUUAUACUGUGAUUGAGAUUUUACUCCUUCUUUUUACAAGAUUUUAUAAUUACAUAUAAAAUUUGCCAAACAUCGAGUCGAAAUUUUGGUAUUGAAUGCUCAUAAAUUUUACUGUCAACUUUUGACUGUCAUGGAAUGUCUGUUGUGUACCAACGAAAAUCCAGUUUUGAAAACUGACUAGACGUUGCACAAGUAUGUCUUUACAGAAACGUUUUGCUCAAUGAAAUUAAAAUCUCCUGAAUUAUGUUUUUAAAGAGUUUUUAUUGAAAUGGGAAUACGAAACAUUGGCUUGGAGUUCUUUCAGACCACGAGAUACCGGAGAAUGGCACUGAAGUAACACAGCAUUUCUUUUCAAACCGGGAUUUUUUUAAAAAUCUUUAGUUCUAUUAGAAAAAAAAUAUCGAUGGAUAAAGUACAAUUUUUGAAGUUAAAAAAUAUCAGUUUAUAAUACACAAAAUAACGUGAGAUUGAAUGCGACUCUUCGUUCACUAAAAAUUGAAUCAUUUCUGUUUGAUACAUGUGUAAGUUGAAGAAUUAAAAAAUUCCAAAAUAAAAUCCGUCAAAAUUCUACAAUUUUUGAUUGAAGAAUGAAAAGCUGUAUGUUUCAAAAUUUGAUUUGUUUACAAUUCUACACUUUUCAUUUGAAAGAUUUAAUAGGUCAGUAAUUAAAUUGAAAACGUUCAUAAUUGAAUAAUGUUAGAUUUAACAUUCAAAAAUGAGACAAUUUGAAUCCUUCAAUUUUGUACAAAUAAUUUCAAUUUGAAAGUCUUAAUAAUUGAAAAUUUUGCAGUGCUUCCUUUCUAAUCUAUCGAAUGUAGAUUGUCUUAAAUGUUCCAUUUUAAUUAUUUUGAUGUUGAAGACCACAAAAUAAAAAUUUGAAAUGUUCUUUAUUAUUUUGGAAAAGGUUUCGAAUUAGUAUAAUUUUUAAUGUUUCAUUUUCAACUUUUAAUGUUUCAAAAGAAUUUUGAACAGUUGUAUAUGAGCAUUUAAAUAGCCGAAGAAAAACGAUAAAACUAAAUAUUUUCAUAAUUUUUAUUCAGGUUAGAAGAGUCGACCUUGUCGUCAGAUAUUCAGCUUAUCAUUACAGUGCUUAAAUAAGUGAACUUUUUACAACAUACUGAUAUAUAACAUUUAAAUUUAAAUAAUCUUAUAUGAUACAAAAGCACUUGAAAAAGAGAGUGAUCUCUGGCGUAGAAAAAUAUUUUUUGUGAAUUGUUUUGUUCUAGAAAGUAAUGAAAAGUUGUAAUGGCGUAAUUAUUUUUAAUUAUUUCUAGCAAGUUAAUCUUUUGCAAUUCAGUGCAAAAAAUUAAUUAUUGUCAUUUUUAAAGGUGUCAAACUUUGAUAAUGUAAAAACAAUUUAUGUUGUUAUUAAGAAUUGAUUUGUAUUUGCAAUUUGUGAAAUAAAAAGGAAUUAUAA